AUGGCAAUUGCUACAAAUGGCAUCAAAGGUGCUCGCCAGGCUGAGCCAGUUGAUAUAUCCAUUGUCAAGAAUCCAGCCGAUCUGGGAGCCGUACUUCCUACCUUGAAAUACCUCAACUCCGGGCUGCCGUCUUUGGCUACGGACAGCGACGAUGCUCGGUCUGACAUGUUGCAGGCAGCCUGGAAGCUGGUCAUGUCUCUUGAGACUCCCCGUGAGACGAUGAUCAGGCACUGCUGGGCACAGUCUGGCGUUGUUGCUGCGUUGAACACGGGUACGGUCUCGGGUCUAUGGCGCACAAUGGCUCAAAAUGGGGACAGACCCCAGACGGUCAAGGAGCUGGCUGUUGCUACUGGGAUGGAUUCGGUUCUUCUUGCACGCCUGAUGCGUCACCUCGCCUCGAUGCAAUACUUGGUGCAGACCGGUACCAAUGAGUACAAGACAACCAACUUUACAAAAUCCAUGGCUCAUGAACUCAUAAGCGACAGUCAUAUUGCCAUGUGCUCCGGCACAAGCGCUGGUGCUUACCAAUUCCAUGAAUUCGCCAUUGAAACCAACUUUCAGAAUCCCAUCGACUCCCACAAUACCUCUAUGCAGCGCGCGUACAAGACGGACUUGGACAUGUUCCAGUGGCUGCAGACGAUUGGCUACGGUGAGAGCUUCAACAACCACAUGCGAGCAUACGCACAGGGCCGCCUCCGCUGGAUGGACCCGGCAGUAUACCCGGUGCAGGAGCGGCUGAUCAACGGGGCCAGCACGGCACCCGACGCGCCCUUCAUGGUGGACAUUGGGGGCGGCGUAGGCCACGACCUGGCCGCCUUCAAGGAGCACCACCCCUCGCACCCGGGCCGGCUCAUCCUCCAGGACCUCCCGCAGGUCAUUGAGCAGAUCAAGGAGCUCGACGGCGCCGUGGUGCGCAUGAGCCACGACUUCCACACGCCGCAGCCGGUCCGGGGCGCCCGCGCCUAUUUCAUGCACUCGACGCUGCACGACUGGCCCGACGAUGUGUGCGGGUCCAUUCUGCGCAACAUCAAGGCGGCCAUGGCGCCGGGCUACAGCCGCCUGCUCAUCAAUGAAAAUGUCAUCCCAAAGAGUAAUGCCCACUGGGAAAUGACGGCCCUCGACAUGGUCAUGCUGACCUUGUUCUCGUCCCGGGAGCGCACCGAGGACGAUUGGACGGGCCUGCUCGAGGCUAAUGGCCUGCGCAUUGUCAAGAUUUGGCAGGGCGCAAAGGCCUGUGAGAGCCUGAUUGAAUGCGAGUUGGCUGAUGCAGAGCUUACGGUCGAGUUCGACAUGGCAGAAGUUAUCACUGCCGCUGAGUCUGGAUCGGUUGACAUACAUCCUAUGAUCCAGACGGAAUUGACCGAGAUCAAGCAGGAUACCGAGUAUGAAAUGGCAGAAGCUGACCAUGUUGUCGAGCUUCAAUCGAUCAAUGCGCAGCCUGCAAUUGAAUGCGACCUGUCCGAGGUUAGCCCCAUUACCCAAGGAGCUGUGGUCGAUACCAAGCAUACCAUUGAAUGCCAUCAUCUGCCUUCUCCUGUGUCGAUCCAGGAUCAAAACGGGACAAGUGCUCUGGAAUAA